AUGGAAGAAUUAAGACAAACUAAUCAGGAGCUCCAUGAGGAAAUAUCACAAAGGGCUAUUGCUAUAUGUGAAGAAAGAAUCCAAUUUCUUGAAGAGGAACUAGAAAAUACUAUCGAACUUUCUAAUGAAGAAAAAAAUGAAAUGAUGAAAGAAAUCAUAAAUUUAAAAAGAAUUGUUCAACAACUUGAAAAAGAAAAUAAACAAAAAGAUGAAGAAAUAUCUAUUAAGGAUAAAUUAAUAACGGAAUUCGAUGAAUGUGAAAAAAAAUUAAAAAUCAGAAUUCGAGAAAUAUCCAAAUCAGCAG